UCAUAACUACCCGUAGCUGCAGCCGCAGGUUAUUCAAGAACUACAGAUCCUAAAUCUGUAAUAAAACCCUUUUCUUUACGUCUUAAAUUCUACUAGAUUGAGACCAAAUCUUUCUAUUAGAGCAGACGAAGAGAGAGCUAUACCAAGCAGAGUAGCAGUGAUGGGCAUAGAUGCUCCUCUUCUCGACAACCAUCCCAAUGGCAGCGAUCAAGAGCAGAAGUUCUCUAUUAGCGUUGUUAGAGAAUUUUGGGAAGAGUCAAAGAGGCUAUGGAAGCUAGCAGGACCAGCAAUCUUCACUGCCCUAUGCCAGUACUCGCUGGGUGCACUCACUCAGACCUUUGCUGGUCUUGUGGGUGAAAUUGAGCUUGCUGCUGUUUCCGUUGAGAACUCUGUUAUUGCUGGUCUUGCUUUCGGGGUCAUGUUGGGAAUGGGCAGUGCAUUGGAGACGCUCUGUGGGCAAGCCUUCGGUGCAGGACAGCUGAGAAUGUUGGGUAUAUAUAUGCAGAGAUCAUGGGUCAUUUUGUUGACCACUGCCUGCCUAUUGGUUCCAAUUUAUGUUUGGUCUCCGCCAAUCCUGGAACUCAUUGGAGAGACUACCGAGAUAUCUACGGCUGCAGGGAAAUUCGCUCUGUGGAUGCUUCCGCAAUUGUUCGCAUAUGCGCUGAAUUUUCCAAUACAAAAGUUUUUGCAAUCACAGAGCAAAGUGUUUGUGAUGGCCUGGGUAUCCGCUGUGGUACUGGUGUUGCAUGCAAUUUUCAGUUGGUUAUUAAUACUGAAGCUUGGAUGGGGCUUAACUGGAGCAGCAAUCACCCUCAACACUUCAUGGUGGCUCAUAGUUAUUGGACAAUUGUUAUACAUAUUCAUUACCAAAUCGGAUGGGGCUUGGAGUGGAUUCUCAUGGCUUGCAUUUGCAGACUUGUGGGGUUUUGUCAAGCUUUCUUUAGCAUCUGCUGUUAUGUUAUGUUUGGAGUUUUGGUACUUGAUGAUACUGGUGGUGGUAACCGGUCGGUUGCCGAACCCCCUGAUACCAGUUGAUGCUAUUUCUAUAUGCAUGAACAUACAAGGAUGGGAUGCAAUGAUUGCUAUCGGAUUCAAUGCUGCCAUAAGUGUGAGAGUGUCAAAUGAACUUGGGGCUGGUAAUGCUCGGCUGGCGAAAUUCUCAGUGAAAGUGGUCUCAGUGACAUCAAUCUCAAUAGGGGUUAUUUGCAUGGCUGUGGUAUUUGCAACAAGAGACUAUUUCCCCUACCUCUUCACUACCAGUGAGGCUGUUGCUAAUGAAACUACCAGACUUGCUAUCUUGUUGGGAAUCACUGUGCUUCUAAACAGCCUUCAGCCUGUCUUAUCUGGCGUUGCUGUUGGAGCUGGGUGGCAAUCUCUUGUUGCAUACAUAAACAUUGCUUGUUACUAUAUUGUUGGAUUCCCCGCUGGAAUAGUCUUGGGAUUCACAUUCAAAUUUGGCGCUGUGGGAAUUUGGUCAGGGAUGAUUGGAGGAAUUUGUCUGCAGACCAUAAUAUUGAUUAUAGUCACUUCAGUCACUAACUGGAAAAGAGAAGCAGAAGAAGCUGAAAGCCGUGUUAGGAAAUGGGGAGGAUCAAUUGCAGAGGAUUGAUCUGAUUAGAAUUGCUAAUUAAGUUUAGAAGCAAUUGUUGCUUUUGCAGAGACAAUGGCAGCGAGACCCAUAAUCUGCUGAGACAUUUAAGUCUGAUAAUUUUGUAAUUGUUUAUUGGAUAAGAAAUCUUAAAUUUUUCUUCGAUGAUAAUAUGGUAAAA